AUGUCCCGCUCAUGCAAAAUACUCCGGCAGCCAUAUCAAGCACACCCAAGGCCGGGGGCGGGGUUUACACUAGCUCAGCCAAUCACAGCGUCUUAUCUGAGAUGCCCACCAAAACAAUCCAUUUUCAAAUUCAAACGGCAGGAAGCGACGGUACAUGAGAACUACUCCGAAACAGGGACCGUAGUCAAGGUAAUUAUUCUUCUAAAUUAACCUUUUAUACUUUGUUUAGCUCAUAGUUAAGGGAAACGUAUCGCACAGAGACAGUGAAAAACCGGUUAAACUAAUAAUUCAUGUACUUUUUGGUUGCUUACGGUUAAGCUUUUGUCAACGUUAGUCAUCGGGGGGAAUUAAGUAAAGUUAACGUUGCUGAACUUUAACGGUUGAAGCUUAUUAAAGUCUAUCGAGUGAAUGGCCUUGUUUAUGUUACUAUCUAAAUAAAUAAUAAUAAUGUUGUGUUUCCCGCUGGUUGUGCUCGCAUUGGUUUGACGAUGUUUGCUUUUCGGUUAACAUCGUAGUCCUCUUGGUCCCUGAACGCACCACGGUUAAAAUAGCGAUGGGCGGUCAAAGGAGACUUUUUUUCUGCUCGAAAUACGAACGAAUGACUAUUAUCCGAUUAUUGUCGAUUAAAGAGGCUUUAACCGAAUUAUCUGCUUGAUGAGAUCUGACAUGAGCAAACCGCGCCCUGUAUUAUACAUGUAAUACUCGAUUAACCCUAAAACACUAAAAUUAGUAACACCAUCACUAUCACAGGGUGAUUUUUACACGAAAUAAUAUACCCAAGAAAAGGUACUUGUCAUCAAAAUAGGACAAUACAUGACAAAUCAAAGUAGUUUUCUUUUAUUUUUAACUGUGCAAAAAAAGUGUCAUGAGGGGAUCAUAUAAAAAUGCAACAAAAUAACUGAAAUUAGUCAUUCAUGAACAAAGAAUUCCUAAAAAAACAUAUAUAUAAAGAAACUGUAAACUUAAUUUCUGUGAGUCUUCCCUGGUGAAGACUCAGGGUCUUUGGCACAAUAACAUCUACAGGAGAGAGAACCAAAAUAUGACACAUUUAGAGUGAGUAAAAAUGACCAGCUGACUCAAAUAUUUCUCAUCACCAUAUGAAUACCUUGAAAAUCACUACUUUGUGAUAGUUAUUCAUAAACACUGCACUAAAUAAAGAUAGCAUGCAAAUUCCAGGACCGCUCUUACUGACCUUAUUCCCUACAUGCAGCUAUCAAAUCCACCCAAACCCACUUUACCCUCUAUCACUACAGCCGGGUGAAAAUCACCGAAACAUGCAGUAGUAGUAGUUGUUUAUUCAGUCAUGACAACACCAAAUAUUGUACACAAUAUUGACAUUUCACACUAAAUCAAGAAUCAUGUCAUCAAUCAUUGACUGAAAAGGCAGAAGCAGACUGUUUAUAAAAGCCUGUCCUGUAUUGUCAACUUUUUAGGCUACUGUACUGACCUCCAGAAAAGCAAAGAAAGCACAACAACAGAUAAUUAAUCACACUUAUAAGCUUCAAAAAUAGCUUUACAAACCAUUUUCUUUAAAACCGAAAAAAAGUUUUUAGAUUUAUGUUGGCAUCAUUCCAGAAUUUAACUCCAGUAAUGGAAACACAUCUCCUCUUCAUACCUUUUUUAGCUUUUUGUACAGUAAAUGCCUGAACAUGUGCAACAUAGGAAAAAGCAGGUUUUGGAUCAGGGAAACAAAUAUGCCUUCAAAGAUGUCAAAGGCAAUGCUGAAGUUACGCAGGGACCCAUGAUACUCAGACGAACGCAACAUCAGGAAAAUCACGUGAACAUGUUUGGUCGGGUGAAAAUCACCCUGCGAUAGUGUUCUAGGGUUAAGACGGGAUUUAGCUGCUAAUAAAUAACUUUACAGGACAUGAGUCAUACCAGAGUUCAUUAUAAGUGAACAUUUUUUAUUCCAGUCUUUCUGUCAUAUAAUAUCACUUGACAUAACCAGGAAACAGCUAAAGUCCUGGUUGAAUCUUAACAAUGAAUGCACACGUCUUUUGUUAGUUUGUUAUGGGCUUGUUACAUCUCUCAAUCCCUUUCAGAUCAUGUCCCGCUUGCCAGUCAGCAAGAGGGUCUUCCCAAGCAGCAGCAGCCUGGACAGUGGCCAAGACACCGGGCCGGCUCAGGUUUGUUGGUUUCAUCACUGUUCAAUCAAUUAAUUGAUAUACAGACCGUGUACAGCUCUGUCAUCCUCGUGUUAGUAAAUCACCCAACGUCCACCGUCAAGCAUUUGUGUUGUUACAGAUACACUUGGUUGACAUUUCAUUUGUGCUGUUAAAUGUUCGUGCAUGAUUAGUGUGCAAGAAAAAGACAAAUAAUCAAUUUAUAGCCUUGCCUUGUUCAUUGUUGUUGUUUUUAAACACCCUUUUCACAUGUGUUUAUAGAAAAGGAUCCGCAAGGACCCUGAGUCGGUCAAACCUCAGGCAGCUGCUACAGUCAUCGGAGGAAGACGCCCUCCUGUUGCAGCAACCAGGGCGCCCAUUUGUAGGUUUCUAUUUUACAUCUGAGUUUUUAGGAUCUUUUGUUUUGACUCAAGGCCACAAAGUGCAUUUGUUUACUAUGCGUAAUAUCCAGAGUCUCAACAUUUAAGUUAUUACCACACAUUAAAGUCAUAGAAGUACUUGUUGUUUAUGUAGAUUAUUUUGUAGCUCAUAUUCUUCUCUCUUUGUCCUCAUAUAGCUAAGCCAGUCAGGACAGUGGGAUCGGCCACCGUGGCUGGUGCUCCCUCCAGAGGUGAGAUGAGCUUUCUGCUGACUGAUGAGAGGAUAAAAAUGUCAGGGUGUUAGGACUACAGGGAAAAAUAGUGAUAGGAUGAUGUAGCGAUGAAACAUUCCAGUGUGAUUCAAGGUUUGAAUUUGGAACCUUUGUAAAUACAAGGUCCUAUCAGAAAUGAUUCUAGUGUCGACUCCGAAAUUUCUUAAGCAGUGUCCCUUCAUAUUUCUCCAGGUGUCCUGAGACAGACUGUGGCUUCAGCUGCAACAAGAGGAAGCAAUGUGAAACUAAGUGUUGCACCUACUGGCACAAAACCAGGUGACAAACUUCAAUAAAAUGAAGCGAAAUAAAGGAAAAUAUGAGAUUCUCUUUGAUUCUGUGUUCUCCUGGAGGUUUCCAGUAAGUUCAAGCACUAAACUUCUUGACAUCUUUGGCACAGGUGGGGGCGGGGUCGUCAAACGGAACAAAUGGGACCUGAAAGGCAAAGUCAGCGAUAUGGAGGACAAGCUCCGGAACUACCAGACGAAGGUCAAGUCUGCGAACCAGGAGAAUGACGCCCUGAGGGGCUCAGUGGCCCAGAGUCACACCAAGGUGAUGGAAAUGGAGAGAGAACUUGAGACACAGAGGAAACAGAUCAGGUGCAAAAUCCUCUCAUUCAUACAUUCAUAGCUUCAGUAUAAAAAAAAAAAGUGCCAUCAUGUUCUCACAUUUACUAUUAUGUGCAUUUCUACAUUGAUAUUAGUGAGUAUGAGAAAGAGCUGAAGGUGUUGUCGGGGGUCCGGGCCGAGGUGGAGAGAGUGAGCAGUGAGAGGAACUCACUGCAGGAGGAGCUCUCUCAACUCGAGGGGAAGUACAAAGUGAUGGAGACUCUCAGAGCAAGUCAGGAGACUGAGCUGCAAACUCUGACGGUAAAAAAAAAUCUGUCGUAUAUCCUGAUCUUUUUUUAUAGCUGUGCCAUUUGCUACGUAUGGUCGGCCAAGGAGCUUUUCCAUUGGGUUAAAAGUACUGAAGUCAGGGUUUGCAAAAGAUGAGACUAAUUUGUGUGUAUUUCCUCUUCAGAUGAAGCUUUCGGUUAAGGAGUCCACUCUAGCCCAAGUGCAGGCAAACCUCCAAGACGCCAAGCAAGAAAUCUGCUCCCUGAAAGAGACCGUGUCCGGGCAGGAAGAUGAGCUCCACGCCGGAGAGAUGGAGCGCAGGCGGCUCCACAACACAAUCCAGGAGCUCAAGGUGGGUUACAGUGUCUCCUGUCCGGGUCUGUGACAGCUGUGAGCCCUCUCUCGAAGGGUACACUUGUUCCCAGUUCUUCUUUUUCUUUUUGCCAGUUAAACAUCUAAACAAAUAUUAUUCUGGCUGAAAAGUUUAUUUUGUUUCAUCCUCUUCUUGCAGGGUAACAUCAGGGUGUUUUGCAGAGUGCGCCCACUGGUGGAUGGAGGAGCGAGCAAGCACAUCCAGCUCCCUCUAAGUGACAACAAAACAGUAACACUGGCCAAAACAGAGGAGGUGAGAGUCCUUCAUCAGUAUACCUGAUCUCUUAAAGGCUAAGGGAACUAUUUUCUUUUACCUACAGUCUCAGUCCAUGGUAUCAUACCUAGUUUCUUUGCUUUAUGUACUAUUUCAAAUCAGCUGGAUGAAGAAAUCAUCUGAGAGAGAAGGUCAAAACAUUCACUUUAAGUUGGAAAAAGCUCAUCUCUGCCUUUCUCACUUUUCAGUCUCACACAGGCAAAACUGCAGACACGCAGAAGAAUUACAACUUCAGUUUUGACCGGGUGUUUGGUCCCCAGGCUACACAGCAGGAGGUAAAGAAAAAUAAAACAACAACCAAACUGUCUGGAUGAGAGCAGUUUACAGAGACUAAUACGUGAUGACUUUGUGACGAUUUCUAGGUGUUUGAAGAGAUCUCGCUGCUGGUGCAGUCUGCUCUGGAUGGCUACAAUGUCUGCUGUUUUGCGUAUGGUCAGACGGGUAGUGGAAAAACGUACACCAUGGAGGGAAGUGAGUUUGACGACACCAGAGGCGUCAUUCCCAGAGCCGUACAACAAAUUUUCAAAGCGUCGGAGAAACUUGGAGCUCAAGGCUGGGAGGUUAGUGUGUAAAUCCUGCUGUAAAAAAACACACAAAGAAGGGGUUAGGAUUUUAAAAAGUACAAAGAAAAAAGUUUUUACCAAAUUAAAGUUUGGCUAAUCUGCAAUAAUCGAUUUUGUGCAUCUUUGAGGAGGCAACACAAGUUAGAACCAACAUUUACAUUGGUGAGAAAUAAGAAAAGAUUCAUUUUUUAAGAGGUUUUGAUCUCUGUUUCUAAAGGGAAUUUUAACAGUUGGUCUAUUGAUACUUGACACAUGUUAACAAGAUAAAGACUUGUCAGGUGAUAGUGUUUGUUUCCUUGUUGAACUGCUUGAUUCAAUGCUGUUGUUUCUCUCAGUUCACCUUCACAGCGAGCUUUGUUGAAAUUUACAACGAGACUCUGCGGGAUCUGCUGUACACCGGGAAAGCCAACAAGAGGCCCGAACAUGAAAUCAGAAAGUCGAUCAACAACCAGAUCUCCAUCACCAACCUGACCUACGAAAAGGUCACCAAUGAGGACCAGGUAGGUUCCAUUCAAGCACCACGAUUUGCAGGUUUUAAAAACUGUAACCUACAGUUAGUUACUUCAGUCAUUUCCAGCAGAUUUAUGAUUUUCCUCGAGGCGGAUGAUUUGUACGCUUCUUCUCACCCGCCAGGUUCUUGGUUUAAUUGCGCUGGCCAAUCAGAACCGCUCCACUGCUCAGACAGCUCAGAACGACCGCUCCUCCCGCUCCCAUUCAGUCUUCCAGCUGGAUAUCGAGGGAGCCAACGCCGGCAGAGACGUCAAAUGCAAAUGUGAGAUGAGAACGAUUUUACUGUCAGUUUGUUUACUUUAAACCUUUCAGUCACUUUCACUAAGGAUGUUUUCCUGUUGUGUUUGUGCGCACAGCCACUCUGUGUCUGGUGGACUUGGCAGGAAGCGAGCGAAUGGUAAAGAGUCAGUCUCAGGGAGAGCGUUUCAAAGAGAUGACCGCCAUCAACGGCUCCCUGUCCAACCUGGGCAUCGUCAUCGCUGCGCUGGCCAACAAGGUCUGUUUAAAGAGUGCCAAGUGUAGAGGUUUAUUUACAGUUGGUGUUUUUUUUAGACUGCUCAGCAUUCAUUUAGUUGUUUUGACUAAAGAUUAUUUUGCUGUAUUUCGUAGGAGAGCUACAUUCCUUACAGGAACUCCAAGCUCACUUACCUGCUGCAGGGCUGCUUGGGAGGAAACAGCAAAACGUGAGUUCUUUGUAAAACAUCUUUAAGAGGGCAGGACUCCGCUCCUGCAGGUCCUCUGUCAUGUUGUUUCACUCCGACUCUGGGCGGCACAUUUUAUCCCUAAAUCAACCGCAAGAUCAGCCUCCACGUGUCACUGAGAGGCGGACCAACUCACAAAGAUAUUAAAAUUAAAAUGUGUGAAUCCUUUAUGAAUCUGUUUUAAAGUUUCCCUGAGUUUACUGACAUUGAUGGUGUUUAUUUUUUCCUUUCAGCCUGAUGUUUGUGAACAUCGCGCCAGAGCAGGACAGCUUCGGAGAAACCUUAAACUCCUUGAGGUUUGCCAGCAAGGUCGGUUGAAAUUCUGAGUAAACUUUUAAAUCAUCAGGUUCAAUUAUUUACUUUUUUAAUUGUCUUUACCCAUGAGGUCAUUAGUUUUCACACAAAGAAAGAAAAGACGAUUAAACUUGAUUAAAGUGACUCCUCAGGCCUUUUGGAGAGUCAUUGUGUGAUGUUUUGGGGUUUUUCUUGUUUUGCAGGUUAAUGACUGUGUAAUUGGGACGGCCAGUGCCAACAGGAAGUGAAGUGAUGUCCUCAAAACCCUGUACUUACUCUGUCACCUGAAAUGUUCACUGUCAAUAUUUGUAUCACCUUUUUUCUUAAAUGCUGUUUGGUGUGGCACAUAGUAUGUUGCCAGCUUUUACAAACCAAAAACCAUAAAUGUUUGUGUAUUCUCUGGGCUUUUUAACCUUUUUUUCUAUUUCAUUGGGUAUUUUACAUGUCACAAUUACUAUAAAAUCUAUUCUGUUUUUAUACCUCCAUGAAAAUCAAGUGUACAGACAGACCAACAUACCUGGGGGUUUUAUAGAUAGACUUUUUAUUAUUGUGUAUAUGGCUCACAAGGGUUUUUGACCAAUUUUGACUAAUCUCUGUUGUUUGGUAACAUCUUAAAAAGGACGUUCAUGUCCUUUUUUCAGUUUCAACAUCGAGUGUUACAGACAUGUACAAUAUGAAUAAAUGUAGUGAGAAUA